AUAGAAGUAACUACUACUUUAGCUAUUUUUAUUGGCUGCAGGGGUUAAAAUAGUGCCUUGGCAAGGUAUGGAGUUGAGCUGGAAGCUAAAGGGAUAGUAUUGUAUGAGACACUCUAUGAAAGGCAAAUUCAUUCAUGGUCUUUUACCGGCCACCAAAACUGUCUCACUGCUCCUACUCAUGUUCAGUACUAUCCCACUAGAUGCAAUGCGGGGUCAAUCCUACGCUGUUUAAGGCUGGCGGCUAAUGACUGACAUUCGUCAAGAUCGCGCUGAUGUAUGGUUAUUCAACAGUAGCAAGUAGAUGCGAAGUGGGGACGAAUCCGUGAACAUGUCCCGAAGAUAUCUGCAAAUUAGGUAACCUACCACGAAGUCUCCCCAAGUUCCAAGCCCCCCUCUUUCUCGGGGUUUGGUUGAUGUGCGCGUAGGCUUUUCCCCCGAAGUAUGAUUCGCCGCCACAUGCUAUUCCAUGACGCAUUUUGUUGGUGUAAAAUAGCACCUUGCAAGCCCGACUUUAGGCCGAGGAGGAAACGAAACGUGAAGCCGAAGUACCGUUGCUCUUCCUUGGUUUAAGACGAUCCUGGCACGCAUAGCUUGUAACGAUCCUAAGCCCAAUGGCAUCUACGCCCCCCGUCGCCUUGAUCACGGCGGGAAGUGCUGGACUCGGCGCCGCAGCAGCCCGACUCUUCGCCCAGAAUGGGUAUCGUGUGGUCGUCAACUACAGCAACAACAUAGAGCGGGCUAACAACCUGCUCAGCGAGCUGCCGGGUCUAUCGUCACUGCAACAAGAGGAUGCGGCGAAGAACUUCGCACUCAUCAGGGCCGACCUGGGAGACCGCGAGGAUAUCAAUCGGCUUAUCCGGGAAACGGGUGAGCAGUUCGGUCGCAUCGAUGUCUUGUUUUCGAACGGCGGCUGGACGCGAUACAGGGGUUUGGCGAGCAUUGAUGACAACUGCCAUGAGGAUGAGUGGGAUCAUGCUUUCAACAUGAACGUCAAGUCCCAUCUAUGGCUCAUGCAAGCUGCGAAGAAGUACCUUGACGAGACCCAGGGCGCUUUCAUCACAACGGCUUCGUUAGCUGGCGUUUCUCACAGUGGCAGCUCAUUGGCAUAUUCGGUUACGAAGGCAGCGCAGCUACAUCUUGCCAAAGCCUUGGCUGUGAUGGCCGCGCCAAAUAUCCGAGUAAAUAGCGUAUCCCCGGGGCUUUUGAUUACCAAAUGGGCGGAGCUCUACUCAGAUGAGCAGAAGGAAGCACAUCGGCAAGGAACGAAGCUUAAGCGCAUCGUGACCGUCGAAGAUGUUGCAGAACAAGUCCUUACUUUUGCUCGAAGUAAAAGCACCACGGGUGUCAAUGUUGUUAUGGACGCGGGUUUCAGCUUAUAGAGAAGGCUUGUGAUUACAAAUGUGAUUAGGAUAUCCAGUGAUGGCAUUCUGUCUAUCCUGAUUCCUGCCUCCUCGCCGGUCUCCCUAUACCUCAAGCUAUUAUAAGAAAUACCGUAGGACCGGUGAAAGCAUCGUGAUCAUUGAAUGCGCAUUUCCACUGCAACCAUCUACCAACUUAGACACCACCUAAGUAGGCGCCUGGGGAAUAGUUACUUGAGUGUGUAUCAGCUUACCUACUGCUUACAUACAUACUUACAUAGUGUAUGUAUGAACCGGUCGGUCGUAGUUGGCUCAGAUUAGAGCACACCGCCCAGCCGGCACCUUGCUGCGGACUACUAUUUCUUCACUGCUGUAACUCAAGUACCUACCGGAUAUUAUUGGCAUUGUGCUGGAUAAAGAAAUUACUAGGUACCUACCUAGCUAUGUAUCUGAAUCUAGACCCUGCUGCAGUCCUGCCGAGGUGUUGCAACCUCAUAAUGAAUCGCCUC